AAGAUAUUUGCUUUUUUUCUUCUGCCUGUCCUACAAAAAAGGGAAAUAAAAUAUAUGGAAGAACGUAUUAAAAAUCAAUUGCUAAAAUCAAUUAUUUGAGUGCGCGUGUAUCGACCAUUAUUAGUGCUGUUCAAACUUGUACCAGAGAGUGCAACAGUUCGGGUGAAUCAAAAACAAAAUGGAAAUAUGCAUAAUAUGAAAAAUCGUCAGCAAUAACAAAAACAGAAAUAACAACAACAGCAAUAACAGCCGCAGAAGCAAGGCAAGAGCAAUAGCAACGUGUGUGUUGUAAUUGUUAGCCAGCAGCAGCACGUACGAGGGGUUGUGUGCAUAUGAAUUAGAAUUGUGGGACGACAGCAACGACGACAUUGAAGUUCGCUCCUCUCUUACUGCGCUGCACACACACAGCUUGGAAUGCAGCAGCAGCAGCAGGAGAAACAGCACGAGACCGAAAAAUCCGCAGACAGAUGUGGAUGGGAUGCGAAUCAGGAUCAAUAAUCGCUAUCAACCAGAAAUCGAGACGAUAAAAUAGCUAAACCUUAGCUAUACAAAGAGCUAGAAUCGGCACAGGAAUCGGGAAGGAAGGGAAUCACGUGCCACCCCAGUACGGAAAACACCAGAAAAAUAGCCCAGAGAAGCCCCGAAGCAGGAACGGAAAGAAGACAGUAAGGAGUGAUUGGGAAGAAGGAGCAGGAGUAAGGGUAAGGGUGGUGUGCUGUGGGCGACACCAUGGUGAGUACCAAUUUGGUGGUGCCGGUGGUGCUGUGGGGACCCACGGCGCCCACGCACUGCAUUUCCAGUGUGUUCCUUUCGGACGACCAGUGCACCCUGGUUACCGGCUGCUACGACGGACAGAUCUGCCUCUGGCAGGUAGAACCCAGCACACUGAAGAUGUCGCCCCGCUGCCUGCUGGUGGGCCACUCGGCUCCAGUGCUGUGCUUGGUGCGAGCCUCGCUGCUACCCGAAAACAACUUUCUGGUGAGCUCCUCGGAGAACGGUGAGAUGUGCACCUGGGACCUCAUCGACGGCAAGUGCAUGGAGGCAGUCAAGCUGCCGCAGGUGCACACACAGAUUCAGAGCUAUCACACGGCCAACAGCGAGGACAUUCGUCUGUUCUGCAUCGGCUAUUACGCCGAGAUCAUGGUGAUGGACCCGUUCAGCCUGGAGGUAAUCUAUGUGCUCAGCUCAAAGGUGAAGCCGGACUGGAUAUCAGCCAUCCAUGUGCUCCGUCCUAUGCGGCGCAAGGACGACGUGGUCCUUGCCAUCACCACCACGGGCACGGUCAAGGUGUGGACUCUGACGGGGAACGAGAACAAGCACGCGGAGCCCAUCUACGAGAACGAGUCGAAGGAGAUCCGCUGCCUCAACGCCAUAACCAUGAACUGCUGUGCCCAAAACCAGCGCACCGUGCUCCUGGUGUGCACGAAGUACUGGCAGAUCUACGACGCCGGCGACUUCACUGUCCUCUGCUCGGUGAUCGCGCCGGCCCGCGAGCGCUGGCAGGGCGGCGACUUCAUCACAUCUGACCGCGUCAUGCUCUGGACGGACGAGGGCAAGGGCUACUUAUACAGGCUGCCCGCCAACUGCAUCCCCGACAACAAGGAAUUCCACUCCAAGAGCGUCGUCCGGGACGCCCCCUACUUGUACUACGUGCUCCAGCAUGCCGGCGACAAGGUGCUCUCCUGUCCACCAGCCAUGAAACUGCUGCUGGUUGGAAACAACGGCAACGGUAACACCAACGGCAAUGGUGGACAGCACAAUCUACUGCGUGGCGACUCUGAGGGGUACAUCUCGGUGUGGAAUGUGCCAGAGGUACCACUGGACAACAUUAGCAUACUGCAGGCCAAGCAGAUGCCGCCCCGCGUCCUUAAGCCACACGUGUGCACUUCCCUGGUGGAGGCCUGGUCCAUUAUGGAUCCUCCGCCCGUGGGGAUACUGGAUCAGCUGUCGAGGAUCACAGAGUCUCCAGUGAAGCUCACAUCGAGCAUAUACUUGCCGCAGCAGAGUCGCCUAGUCAUCGGGCGCGAGGAUGGCAGCAUUGUGAUUGUGCCCGCCACUCAGACGGUAAUGAUGCAGCUGCUGGUGGGCAUCAAGCAGAACUUCAGCGACUGGCCGUCGCACCAGAUCCUGUACGGGCACCGCGGCAGGGUGAAUUGCCUGCUCUGCCCCUCCAUGAUCCACUCGCGGUACGAGAAGUCACACCUGCUGUCCGGCGGCAUCGAUUUUGCCGUUUGCCUCUGGGAUCUGUACAGCGGCAGCAUGCUGCACCGUUUCUGCGUGCAUGCGGGGGAGAUCACACAGCUGCUGGUACCGCCGGAGAGCUGCAGCCCGCGGAUUCUUAAGUGCAUCUGCUCGGUCGCCUCCGACCACUCGGUCACCCUUGUCUCCCUGCAGGAGCGCAAGUGCGUCACCUUGGCCAGCCGCCACCUGUUUCCCGUGGUGACCAUCAAGUGGCGCCCACUGGACGACUUCCUUAUAGUGGGCUGCUCGGACGGCUCAGUGUAUGUGUGGCAGAUGGAGACCGGCCACCUGGACCGGGUGCUCCACGGUAUGCUUGCCGAGGAGGUGCUCUCCGCCUGCGACGAGCAGGCAGGCGACGAUGGGGUCGGCGGUGGUGGUGGCUCUUCUGGAGUGAGCGGCGCCUCUGCCAGCGAGAUGGGCAUGGCCAAUCCGGCGGUUCACUUUUUCCGCGGCCUCAAGUCGAGGAACAUGAACGCCAUCCGGCACGCCACCCAGCGCGGGAUCACCCAGUUGCAGCAGCUGCAGGGCCACAACCAAGGGAAUUUCGACUUCCUCAUGAAGCACCGCAGCAAUCCACUGGUGAUCCAGGGAUUGCGCACCAACCCGAAGGACGCCGAGAGCCACAUCCUAUUCUUCGACAUCGAGGGACUGAUUUUCGAGUUGCACAGCGAGGAGUACGCCCAGAUGACGCCGGCCAACUUGGAGGUGCUGGGGGUGCACCUGCAGAACCCAAAGGACGGCAAGUCGAUGCACCUGGACGCGAGCAAGAAGAUUGGCGACUUCUUCAACAAGGUGAAGAACAAAGCCGUGGACGUGGAGAAGAUUUUGAAGGAUAAGGACAAGCACGGGCUCGUUCAGAAGUUCAAAGAGAAGACGGAGAUCGUGGAGAAGAAAGUGCAGGCCAAGGUGGAGAGCCUGCAAAAGGCGGUGGAGUCGCACGAGGAGCAGCAGGACCUGAAAAGCAAGAUCGCCUCCAAGAUGGAGGUCACCCACGUGAUGGAGGUGGCCCAGCUGCUCCUCUCGCUACUGCACUCGUGGGGCCUGGACCCGCACCUGGACAAGAUGUGUGAGACGCGGCUGGGCCUGCUCCGCCCCAUAGUGCCAAUCUCGUACGGAGUGCUCUCCAAGGCUGGCUACAUGUCCCUGCUGCUUCCCACUUGGCAGAACAACUAUGACAUUCCGCCAGGACUUCAGCUGCCCUCCAGUUCCAAGAAACGCCCGCUUCCGGAGGAGCUGCAGCGGCUGGAGCACCUCACAGCCAUAUUCACCUCACGCCUCCAUUGGGAGCUCAGCACCACGCUGACAACCAACCACAUCCUGGCGCUUGUGGCCAUGUCGAACACGCUGCUGUCGAUGAGUGCCGCCUCCUUUCUGCCGGACAGCGAGAAGCACAAGAAGCUGCAGCGCCUGGCCCAGCGGACCGACUCCACGCUGAGCAACGAGGAGGAGCGCGAGGAAAUCCUUGCCCACCACAUUUCUCAAAUAAAGCAUGCCUGGAGCCUCUUGGCCACCCACCACUGCUUCCUGCUGCCCGACAAAAUUGAGGCCCUCGAGCCGAAGAAGUUUAAGCGACCCCAGGUGGAGAUGAUGGUGAAGCGAUGGCAGCAUCACUGCAUCGAAAUCCGCGAGGCUGCCCAGCAGAUCCUGCUCGGUGAGCUCACCCGCAUGGGCAAGAAAGGGCGAAAGCAGCUGGUCGAGAGCUGGGCACAGUACCUGCCCCUCUACACCCACACAGAGCCCAUCGUGGGAGCCCAGCAGCAGCUGGCGCUUCUUAGCCAGAGUUCGGCCGGAUCCCAUGGCAGUGGCGGUGGGGUAGGAGGCAGUGGCAGCAACGGCGCCCAAUCAAUUGGUGGUUCAGCUACGGGUGCUGGUGGGGGAGGAAUGUCAGGCGCGGAACAGCAUCAGGAUGAGGACUAUGAGGAGGAGGAAGAGGAGAUCAUACGCAAGCCGUCCAGCCUGUCGGAGCUGAAGCGGAAACAAACCACGGCCGUCAUCCUGCUGGGCGUGAUCGGAGCAGAGUUCGGGCAGGACAUCUCACAAGAGUCACCCAACCACCGCGGGAGCAUUAGCCUCGCCACUGGGUCAACCGGACCGAGCGGACAAGGCGGACAGAGCGGAGAGCGGCGCAUAUCGUCCGUGGUGGAGGGCUUCGGCAUAGCCAAUAACCUAGCCAGGCUCACUUCGAUGGCCUUGGCACACCUACUCUAUGCGCCGCCCUCGCCGAAGCUGCCGCAGUACACGCCCCUUCGUCGAGCGGCCAUCGACCUGCUGGGCAGGGGCUUCACGGUGUGGGAACCAUACCUGGACGUGUCCAAGGUGCUGCUCGGCUUGCUGGAGAUCUCGUGCGAGGGAAAAGCUGUUCCCAACCUGAAUUACAAGCUUCCGCUGACUCCACAGGCGGACGCCUGCCGCACGGCCCGGCAUGCAUUGCGCCUGAUAGCCACCGCCCGACCGGCGGCCUUCAUCACCACCAUGGCCCGGGAGGUGGCCAGGUACAACACGAUGCAGCAGAACGCGCAGUCCAUCAACGCUCCCCUGACGCAGUCGGUCCUGUACAAGGCCAAGGGCGAGAUCCUGCAGUGCGUGGAGAUGCUGAUCGACAAGAUGCAGUCGGAGAUCGCUAGCCUGCUGGUAGAGGUCAUGGACAUCGCACUGCACUGCGUAGACAGCAACGAGCUGAAGGUCCGCGGCCUAGCCGAGCUGUGCCCGGCGAUCUGCAAGUUCAACCAGAUCUCCCAUUGCUCUCAGACCCGACGCAUCGCCGUCGGCGCCAACAGUGGCAACCUGGCCAUCUACGAGCUGCGCCAGAACAAGUGCCAGAUGAUCCCCGCUCACACGCACCCCAUCACCUCGUUGGCAUUUUCGCCCGACGGCAAGUACCUCGUCUCCUACUCGUGCGCUGAGAAUCGGCUUUCCUUCUGGCAGACGAGCACCGGCAUGUUCGGGCUGGGACAGUCGCAGACGCGUUGUACUAAGGGCUACUCCACGGCCCCCAUUCCGGACGUUUCGCGUCUCAACCCCAUGCGGCUGGCCAAGCUCGUCUGGAUUAACAAUCGGACAGUCACCCUCAUGUUGGCUGACGGUUCCGAGACGCGGUUCAAUGUCUAGGGACGCAAUGUCUAAAUCGGUCUGUCAUUUUGGUACUGCAGGGGUGAGCAGGGGUGACAUGACGGAUGUAUUUGAACAGGCAAUCAACGCGGGCUUCAAAAGCUACUGCGAUGCGAAACAACUACACAACAAUAAUUAUUAUGAAUGGAAUGAAAUGAAGCCAAUUUAACUAAGGAUUAUGUUUCUGCAAAUGCAGCCUGGAAAGGCGAGAAAGGAAAAGGAAAACAAAAUCAAUGCGAUAACUCAAAAUUAAUUUUGUUAUUUAUUUAUAUAUCUAUCCUACGUAUAUAUGUAUAUUCGAUCUAUAUAUUCUGUUUCUGUGUGUAUUUUAAUGUAUGUAUUAGACGAUUUUAAUGUACCUUCUAAUGUUUUCCCUGCGCCAGUGUGUGGCAGUGAGCCCGUGUAUUGUAUAUCGUGUGCGUAUCGUAUGCCCCCUGCAUACCCCAGUAUGUAUCCUUUGCUAAUUUUAUCUCUAGAGCUACAUAUAUAUUUUACCGGAUUCGCUGAUUCGCUCAUUCACACCAAUGCACAGCCCUGUGUCUGUGUGUUCUGUUCCUGAAAGUGUUUUACCUCCUGUUCCAGUUUCUGUUUGAUGUAACUUACCUACAGAGAAAAUAUGAUAUCCAAAUAUUAUUAAAGUCAGCAAACAUUACUAUCGUACCGAUCUACACACACAUGUAUACAAACACAUGUAAAACCACGCAACACAACAACAACAACAAAAAGAAAAGAAUAAGAAAAAAA